AUUUCAGAGCUUCGAGCCACCAAGACCUCGGAGUACUUCAGCCUGUCUAACCACCCAUUAGACUACAGGAUUUUACUCAUGGAUGAAGAUCAGGACCGGAUCUAUGUGGGCAGCAAAGAUCACAUUCUCUCCCUGAAUAUUAACAACAUAAGUCAAGAACCUUUGAGUGUUUUCUGGCCAGCAUCGACAAUCAAAGUUGAAGAGUGCAAAAUGGCUGGCAAAGAUCCUACGCACGGCUGUGGGAAUUUCGUCCGUGUAAUUCAGGUUUUCAACCGCACCCACUUGUAUGUGUGUGGGAGUGGAGCUUUCAGCCCUGUCUGCACGUACGUGAACCGAGGCCGGAGAUCCGAGGACCAAGUUUUCAUGAUCGACUCCAAGUGUGAAUCUGGCAAAGGUCGCUGCUCUUUCAACCCCAGCGUGAACACUGUGUCUGUCAUGAUCAAUGAGGAGCUUUUCUCAGGAAUGUAUAUAGAUUUCAUGGGCACGGAUGCUGCUAUUUUUCGAAGUUUAACCAAGAGGAAUGCGGUCAGAACUGAUCAGCACAAUUCCAAGUGGCUGAGUGAGCCUGUGUUCGUGGAUGCUCAUGCCAUCCCGGACGGCACAGACCCCAACGAUGCCAAGGUGUACUUCUUCCUCAGAGAGAAGCUGACGGACAACAACAGGAGCUCAAAGCAGAUCCACUCCAUGAUCGCUAGGAUAUGUCCUAAUGACACAGGUGGCCUGCGUAGCCUGGUCAACAAGUGGACUACGUUCCUGAAGGCCCGGCUGGUGUGCUCUGUCACAGACGAGGAUGGCCCCGAAACGCACUUCGACGAAUUAGAGGAUGUCUUUCUGUUGGAAACUGAUAAUCCAAGGACAACACUGGUGUAUGGCAUUUUUACAACAUCAAGCUCCGUCUUCAAGGGCUCUGCAGUGUGCGUGUACCACCUGUCUGACAUACAGACCGUGUUCAACGGGCCUUUCGCCCACAAGGAAGGGCCGAACCAUCAGCUGAUUUCCUACCAGGGCAGAAUCCCCUACCCUCGCCCAGGCACUUGUCCCGGAGGAGCCUUCACGCCCAACAUGCGGACCACCAAGGAGUUCCCAGACGACGUGGUCACCUUCAUCCGGAACCACCCGCUCAUGUACAACGCCGUGUACCCGGUCCACAGGCGGCCUCUGAUCGUCCGCAUCGGCACCGACUACAAGUACACCCGGAUCGCUGUGGACCGCGUGAGCGCGGCCGACGGCCGGUACCACGUCCUGUUUCUGGGAACCGAUCGGGGCACUGUGCAAAAGGUUGUCGUUCUUCCUACUAACAGCUCAGCCAGUGGUGAACUCAUUCUGGAGGAGCUGGAGGUCUUUAAGACUCACGUUCCCAUAACAACCAUGAAAAUAUCAUCCAAAAAGCAACAGUUGUACGUGAGCUCCAACGAAGGGAUUUCCCAAGUGUCCCUGCACCGCUGCCACAUCUACGGCACAGCCUGCGCCGACUGCUGCCUGGCUCGGGACCCGUACUGCGCCUGGGACGGCCUCUCCUGUUCCAGGUUCUACCCCACCGGGAAGCGGCGGAGCCGGAGGCAGGACGUGAGGCACGGAAAUCCGCUGACACAGUGCAGAGGGUUUAACCUAAAAGGAUAUAGAAAUGCAGCUGAAAUUGUUCAGUAUGGAGUAAAGAAUAACACCACUUUCCUCGAGUGCGCCCCCAAGUCUCCACAGGCUUCCAUCAAGUGGUUGUUACAGAAGGACAAAGACAGGAGGAAAGAGGUGAAGGUGAACGAACGCAUGAUCGCCACCCCGCAAGGCCUCCUGAUCCGUUCUGUCCAGGAUGCUGACCAAGGGCUGUACCACUGCAUCGCGACAGAAAACAGCUUCAAGCAGACCAUCGCCAAGAUCAACUUCAAAGUUCUGGAUUCGGAAAUGGUGUCUGUGGUGACGGACAAGUGGUCCCCAUGGACCUGGGCCAGCUCCGUGAGGGCCCUGCCCUUCCACCCCAAGGACAUCAUGGGGGCCUUUAGCCACUCGGAGAUGCAGAUGAUCAACCAGUACUGCAAAGACACGCGGCAGCAGCAGCUGGGUGAGGACUCAAAGAAGCCAAGAGGUGACUACGGCAAGCUCAAGGCUCUGAUCAACGGCAGCAAAAGUAGGAACCGGAGGAACCACUUUCUGGAGUCCUAAUGCGUCCUCAUGUGGGGCCUCUGCUUCCAGUAACAAAUGCCCUAUCUUCAAUGAUCAAGUCUUGAGCAAAAUAAUCUAACGCUUUUCCCAUGAGAAAUUCCGGACAAUAGAUGAUGACUUUCUUCUAUAGGAGUUUUUCGUGGAUGGAAAUGAGCAUGCAUUUUCUUGUACCAUAUUGACUAGCACUAGACAAGUCCUGUCCUCAUGGUGCGGUACAAAUAUUUAAUUUAACCCAGAUUAUUUAUAUCUUUAGUCAUCUUUUCUUCGAUGCCAACAUGCAGUUAUAAAAGGAGGUCUGUUACAUCUCUGGAUUGAACAAGAGGUGCAACCAGGCAAUAUUUCUUCUUUGCUUUAAAGGGUUAGAUUUCCAGUUGGUGAUGAUUUUAUAAAUGAAACAAAUUCCAAUUCACAGCUGUCAAUGUAGUAUAAGUCAUAUAAAUGUGUGUGACAGAGUGGCCUUGAGAAGAGAUGUAGAAUAAUAGAUAAGUGACAGAAAGUAUCUAAAUGUUAUAUACAAA